UAUCUGUGUGUGUGUGUGUGUGUGUGUAUGUUUGUGUGUAGCUAUAGACAGCAGGAGAGUGUGGCGCAAAAGGGGCAGGCAGGUAAACGUGAACUUUUGACUAAAGAUGAGGUCGCUCAAACAUCUAAAACCUCAAACCAAGAGAAAUUUGGAGGAGAAGACCCAGCAGCUGGUUCGAUGUUAUGCUGAAGCCAUGCACCAGCAGAUGGAUGUGGGGACACAGACAGACCCAGUGGUGGUCUUGUCUCUGGCCCAGGCUGCUGUGUUGGGGCUUAUAUCCCAGAACGAGGUCUUCGGUGCCACUAUUGCCCCGAACGGCUUUUAUACCGGAGAGCCUAAAGAAUCGCCAGCUCCGUCCAUCGAGCGGAUGGACUACGAGUACGCUGACCAGCUUAUCGGUGCCAACGGCGACUACUUAGGCGUGAACCUCGGAGAGGAUGGCCAGGUUCACCCGAGCUGCGCUGAAAGGAGGUGGCAGGGGACGCCUGAAAACACAAAGCCUCUUAUAGGCCACCAGAACACAGGCUCACAUGUCAAAGGUGAAGCUGUGACCCCUGGACUACCUUCCUGCAACCACAUGAUGAACAUGAUGCCCAGAGAAAGCAUGCAGAUGGUGGACAACUCCGGUUACCGCCUCGCCUCCAAACCGCACCCCAGCAACUGUUGCUCUUCUUGUGUCCGGGAACCCAAGAGCACACAUCCAGCACCUAACCACCAUGUUCACCCCCACCCCAGCACUCAUACGCCGAACGAGGUGCAUUCUCAUGGCAGAAACCAUGCGCUGGAGAAAAGAGGAAACGAGGACGUGCAAGAGGAAGGGAAUGACGCAAGGAUGGGGAAGGCCGGUGGUGGAGGGGAAGAGAUCAGCAGCUACUUCCGUGCUAACGAGGUCGGCUACGAGGGCGGGGAUAUGGAUGGGGUGGGGGAGUUCGAUGAGAGCAACCAAGGCAUGUUCUGGGGAGAGCCUGUGGAAGGCGAGGCACCUCGCGGGCGCCGCAUCGACCGACUCGACAUCAACAUUCAGAUCAACGAGUCGUACUGCGUGGACGUCGGAGAAGGCUUGAAGCGCUGGAAGUGCCGCAUGUGCGAAAAGUCCUACACUUCCAAAUAUAACCUUGUAACGCAUAUCUUGGGUCACAACGGCAUUAAACCGCAUGCCUGCCCACAUUGUGGUAAGCUCUUCAAGCAGCCAAGCCACCUGCAGACACACCUCCUGACUCACCAGGGCACGCGGCCGCACAAGUGCACGGUCUGCAAAAAGGGCUUCACUCAGACCAGCCACCUAAAACGGCACAUGUUGCAGCACUCUGACGUCAAGCCCUUCAGCUGCCGCUUUUGUCGCCGAGGCUUCGCCUACCCCAGCGAGCUGCGAGCCCAUGAGGUGAAGCACGAGCGAGGCCGAUGCCACAUCUGCCCGCAGUGCUCCAUGGAAUUCGCCACGUACGCACACCUCAAGCGGCAUCAGGUCAGCCACCAAGGGCCGGCCACCUUCCAGUGUAGCCACUGCAGUAAGACAUUCGCCUACCGUAGUCAGUUGCAGAACCAUAUGCUGAAGCAUCAGGCCCAGCGCUCGUUCUCCUGCAGCCAGUGCGGCCUACAGUUCCUGCAGCUCCACCAGCUACGUCAGCACUCUCUUACACACAAAGUGCUCAAGCCUCAGGCACGUGUCUCUAAGGGGACAAAGGGCUUCAAGUGUGAUGUAUGUGCUCGCGAGUUCACGUUGUCUGCAAACCUGAGGAGGCACAUGCUGAUCCACGCCAGCGUCAGGCCCUUUCAGUGUCACGUCUGCUUCAAGUCCUUCGUCCAGAAGCAGACUCUGAAAACUCACAUGAUCGUCCACCUUCCUGUAAAACCCUUCAAGUGCAAGGUGUGUGGAAAAUCAUUUAACCGAAUGUAUAAUCUUCUGGGUCACAUGCAUCUUCAUGCUGGCAGCAAGCCGUUUAAGUGUGCGUACUGCUCCAGCCGAUUUAACCUGAAGGGUAACCUCAGUCGACACAUGAAGGUCAAACAUGGCAUGGAUGUAUCCCCAGAGGGACAUGAUGCUCCACCAGAUCUGGAACCUCAUGAGGAUUACGAAGAGGAUAACUUCAACUUCGCCGCCCCUGAAAAUAUGGAUGCUAACGAUGCACCUAAUCUAACCAAGCUCUCCGAGGUUGCUAUACAGGAGCUGGACUAUUAUAACUUUGGAAAGGAUGUGGGCAGCUACAGCACAGCAUGAACCCUAUAAAUAAGACUAAAGCUGAAAUACUGUUGAGUAUCCAUUGAACUAAUUGGGCACUUAUCGGCCAUACGCUGGUUAUGUAUUUUACUUCAGAACCGCGACUUCUCCAUUAUUAUGGAAGGACAGGUGACUAUUUUGGAUUCAUUCACUUAUGUUGUAACUAUUCUGAUCCUGUUUCAUAAGGACCACUAAAUUUGCUAAGAGUCUUCUAAACAGUUGUACAUUCAUCUCGUGCUGCAACUUGAUAUUUCUGCAGUACGUUAUUAAUUAAAGAUCCAUUCAGCAUGAUUUAUGACCAAAAAUGAACAAUAUGGAUAUAUGAAAGUGCUUUAUUUACUGUCUUUAGGUUUCAUACAUAAUGUACACUCGUAUGAGUUGAAGGGCUAAGUUUAUUUGUUGUAGCUAACUAGGGUCCCUUAUUGGAUCUUGAGCUCGGGUUACUGUCUGUACAAAGUUUCUCUGCAUGUCCUCCCUCCUAGAAACACAAAUAUAGCUGGUUUGGCUGUGCUAAAUUAUCUCCUAGGUGUAUUAAUGAGUGCAUGCAGAGUGCCUAUGAUGGAUUUACCCUACCAUCAAGGAUAUAUUGCUACCUCAUGCCCAGUGUUGAAUGAGCAAGUUUAGCCUAUGUAUUGGGUGAAAAUGACAUGAAAAAGGUUUUGCGCGGUCGUCAAGUGCCAUUUUAGACGUUCCGAGCCCUAUAAUUAUCAUCCUGAUCUCCACUUCGGGACAUCAAACUGCAACCUGAGGGCAGGAAUUAUUAACAUGUACGAAGCAAUUUAACUAUUCAUCUCAUGCAAGUGUAUGUAAUGUAUGAAAAAAAAACAUAAAUAAACACUGUUGUAUUACAGACAAGGGACAAAUUCAAGGGAAAAAAAACAUUGGAGUUUGUAUCUAUCAUGAGGCACCAGAACAGUUUCAGUGUGCCUUAUCAUAAAGGUCUUUAGAACUGUACUGGGGGAACCCUAAAGAUAUGUUGGCGUUUUAGCAAUGGUAGUGGAGAGCGUCAUCUAAUGGUUCACUUAUUGUCUAGUGACUGCAAUAGCUAGAGCAUGACACAUUUUCAUCUUCAUCAAAUAAUUUAGUGAGCCUUUGUGGCCCUGUGGACCAGGAUGGGGUCAUCCUGAAAGAAUCAUGCCCAUCAGGAUCAAGCUGUUUCUUCAUGAGAACUGAUUUGCAGCGAGUGUCCAAUCUACAUGGACUUGAAAAUAUGUUCCUUGUCUAUACCCACUCCUUUUUCUUUUAAUUUGUGACCCGUCUGUGUAUUGUCUCUUUUUGAUCAAUGACUGGACCUUUAAAAGCAAACAGUUAAACUAAUAUCACUUAAGUUUAUUGCCUCUACUUACUGUUGUUAAUAUCUGAGAAAACAAAAAAGAGUGGACAUUAUGUUUGUGCUCAGUGGAGCAGUGUACUAGUGAGUGUACAUACUUGAGAGUGUGUUUGGGCCCUAUUACCGAAGUCACUGCAUGACCAUCCACCCUUAGGCACCACUACAAUUUCCAAAAAUCAGUACAGUCAUCAGAAACCAGUUAUUUUUAGAGAAUAAUGGUUACCAUAUAAUAGUUUGAUAUUUAUUUUGCACCUUUUGAUUAAAAAUGCAUUUAAAGUCUUUUGAGGAGAAACCUGGUUUAUGACUGACCGUUAAAGCUCUAAUCUUCAUUUCAUAGGAGAGGGAUAGGGCAAUAAUGCCAGUUCUGUUAGUUUCUUUAAAUAAAGCAUUUUCAAACUGAUGUCAUUUAUGU